AUGGCUGACAACAUGGCCAAGGAAUUUCAGUUCUUCGUAUCCAAAAUGGCACUUCUCUGGUUUGAGAGAAAGCCCAGCUGUUCUAAUUGCCUGAAGGACUGCCUGCAGGCGCUGGGCACGUUGUUCAAACGUGUCUGCGAAGACCACCACGUCGUCAAGACGGCAGAUAUGUGGGUGCGCUCGGAAACCUUGAACCGGGAGGCAUACUCGAAGCGGUGUCCUGGAAUGGACCCUUGUGAUAUCGACAAAGCAGAGGCACUCCUGGGCAAUUUCGUAUCCCGUUGCGAGGCACUGUACGGCACAUCGUUCAUGACAUUCAACGUGCACGCCUUGCAGCAUCUGGGGAAUUGUGCACGCUCACUUGGACCACUUUGGGCACAUUCUGCCUUCGUAUUUGAAGGUGGAAAUGGAGGCAUAGUGCGCCUGGUGUCUGCUGCACAUGGCCUACCGCAGCAGAUCACUGAGCGUGUGAUAAUGACUCAAAAACUACAUCAACUUCUAGACAGUUCCCUUCUAUCGUCAUCUGAAAAAGAAAAGUGCAAAGCGCUCAUAGGAUACACACCACUCAAAAAUGCUCUAAACGUCUGCAGUGUGACUUUGCUGGGCAAGGGCAAAGAGCGAGGUCUCAGUGCUAACGAGCGAGAGAAACUUCUGCAUUCCUGCGGCAUCUCCUUAACGCAGGCAAUGGAGUACGAACGUUUCGUCAUGAAAAAGCAAGUGUUCCACAGCACUACCUACCAGAGAGCGUCAAAAUCGGACACUACGUUUGUCAAAACUGACAGUGGUUCAUAUAAGCGCAUCGAACACAUACUGUUUUUUAAAGAAGUGGACCUAUGUGCUCUUUUCUGCAGGCCACUCAUCAUUGCCGACACAGCUGCAGUGCCUCCUCAUGUUAAAGAAUGUUUCUUAUCGCCAGACAGAGAUUUAGAGUUGUUGCUUCCCAGGCAAGUGAUUGAUAGUUGUCUUUAUAUAAAUUUAGCAAAUGAAGAGAAGACGUUCAUUUGCGACUUGCCAAACAAAAUUGAAAGAGAUUGAAAAACUGA